AUAUAAUUACCCCAUACGCGCCCGCAUUACUGCAAACUUUUAAAGUAAGUUUAUCAUUUGGAUUAUUUUACACUUGUUACUGACAGUAUAGUUGAGCCCCCCUGCGGAAAAACUAAUUUGAAUUACAAAGCAUUUGUCUUUUGACUUUAUUUGUAAAUUGCAUGGAACGCACAAGUAUUCUUUACUUUACAUAACUAUACACGCUCGCAUUUAAGUGCGUGGCCGCUCUUAAAAAUUGCAAAUAUUUACAAUUAUAUUUUUGAUUUUUUCGCUUAAACUUGAGAGAAUCUUGCGUGAAAAGUUCUUGAAAGCUUCAUACAUAAAGAAGGUGAAUUUGGAGCGGCUUUAAAGAUGAUUUCUUGGCGUUUCUAUUUCGUAUUUGUUGUGGCUUUCUACUCGAAGUCCGUAGCUUGCUCAAGCGACAGUUCAAACUCGACAAGAACCGUCGUCAUAAUCGUUGUUGUUGUUUUUAACGUACUAUUUUGGGGUUGUUUUUGUUGUUCUCUCUGUCGAAAGCGCUAUGAAAGUACCAUUGUGAUUGAACGAGUCGUCACCGCUCCUCCCGCGGCUGUUGUUGCCAAUUUAUCAAACAUUGAAAUGAUGAAUACAGCAUCAGGAUAUACACCAGAGCAACAAGGUUAUGACCCUCGACAACCGGCAUAUUACCCACCACUGAAUACAAUCCCAAGACACGGCGAUGGUUUGGUGAACCCGGCUUGUGGUCCUCCCCCACCGUACACUGAGAGCCCUCGAUCUUGAAAUGGUACGAACACUCUUGAAUUGCCAGUGUAGGUAGUGCCGAUAAUAUGAACAAUAAAGUGCCUAUGACACGAAAUUUCACCCCAAAUGUUUAUGAUUGCAUUGUAAAGAUCACUUAAAAUGACUUAAUAAUUUCUUUUAUAGAAUUUUGAUAACUUGCUUCCUUUGCAAGAUAUUCAACUUUGUUUCAUAUGCAAAUAUCACCGGUGUGACAUCGCAUCGCAUGAUGACAUUUUGAAAACGCAAUAUUUUACUUUGAUAAAAUAUGUUUACAAGCAAAUACAGACGGUCAAGUACCAGUUAUGAAAUUAAUACAUAUACAAGGGCAAUUUUUAAGUUUUUUAGACACGUAUUCGUCAAGAAAACUAUACUUUUGGGAAAACUCAUUAUGUGAUGUGAUGUCACACCGGUGAUAUUUGCAUAUGAAACAAAGUUGAAUAUCUUGAAAAGGGAACAAGUUACCAAAAUUCUAUAAAAGAAAUUAUUAAGUCAUUUUAAGCGAUCUUUACAAUACAACCAUAAACCUUUGGGGUGAAAUUUCGUGUCAUAGGCACUUUAAGGGAUGCAACUACUUGUAGGGAUAUGUCGAAGGGCCUUCGCUCGAAACGUCGAAAUUCUCCUUAUAUUUUUCAGGUAGUUGCAUCCCUACUAACGAAAGCUUGUACACACGUAAAAACGCACAAAUUGGUACAGGUCUGCAAACAAGUUGUUGCAAAUCCGUUCACAAACUGUCGACAAGUUGUGUUCGCACUGCUUGUUCCCAGUUGUUGGAACAAGUUUGAAACAAGCUGCUAUCAAUUUGUAACAAGCUUGAUGGCAUUAUCAUGCGGACUUGUAUGCCGAAGUUGUUCUAACAAGUCUGAUACAGUCAUGAUAUAACAAGAAUGUUACAAGGUUGACGACACAAGGUUGUAACAAUAUUGUUAUAUCAUGACUGUAUCGGACUUGUUGGAACAACCUUGCAACAAGUCUGACAAUAUCAACAAGGUUGUUGCAAGUUGUUAACAGUUUAUUCCAAACUUGUUGACAACUUGGGACAAGCAGUGCGAAGACAACUUGUUGGCAGACUUGCUACAAGAUGUGAAACUUUUGCGUGUGUACAAUAUAGUCUGUAUAUCUGAACUAAUUAUAAACUGUAUAUAUAGUCUGUAGAAAGUCUGUAGUCAAAUAGGUUAACGUUUUGGGGUAUAUAGUGUUGCAACAUAAACAAUUUGAAAGCAGGAUUGUUGAUGCAAAGUAUGGAAUAUUAUGAUAUCUCAAACGUGUAGGUGCUAUUCCACAAUAAGCUGAUGUGUUUUUUGUCUGAAAUACUACCUGCAAAUAUAAUGAGAACUCCCAAUCUUGAUCAUUGUGUGAUCUUCAUGUUACUAUGAUGUUAGUGUAAAGAAUUUUAGUCUUUUUAGAAACUGUUAACUUGGCAAACGUAACAUUUGAACAGAGUUCAAACUUAAAAUAAUUUGAAGGAUAUUUUAUUGAGUUCGCGUAAUGUUUUUAAAGAACGAAGCAAUAAUACGAAUGAUUAUACGGAUCCUCAGCUUCUAUUUACGGACCGUACGAAUUUGUCGGGCGGUGAAUCGUGAACUGUUGCCAGCGUGUUGCGACAAGAAGUUUCUUCAUGUUUUCAUAUUACAACAUGCAGGAACUUAUUUAGGCAUCUUAUAGGCAUCAUCAUCGUAAUGUAAAGGAUUUUAGUGGAUUGAUAAUGAUUUGUAGUAUGUGGUGUCGACUAUUGUUAUUGCAUAACAAAGCUUAAGUAAACAGCAAGGCAAAUUUAAGUCGAAUCCGAAGGCCAUUAUAAAUGCUUCGUGGAAAUCAUGAUUCAAUAUACUGUAUAAGCAGGUCUCGUCAAUAUGUAAAAUUUAAACUGGAAAUAGUCACCUACAAAACACUCCUACAAUUAAGAACUUCAACUUCCUUUACCUUUACAAGGACAAAAAAUCUUUGUUUCUUUGAUAUCGACAGAGCUACGGCCUAUGAUUUCAGUGGUAAUUAAGAUAUUUGAAUUAUUUUGAAAUUCUAUAUAUAUAAGAUUAUACAAAGCAACCUCGCAAGCUAGAUCUCGCCUCUGCGCUCCUGCCUCGCUUGGAUUGAGACCCUAGUACUAUUAGCCGGUCACAUUACCCGUCGUAUUUUGGCGGAUUUGAUAGUUUGUCUCUGGGAAGGGGCCAAGUAAGUAGUGGGUUUGUCACUUAUGCGAUUCAUGAAUUUCCAUUAUGGAACAAACCAACUAUACUUGCGCGGCUUCUUCCCAGAGACAAAUGAUCAAAUCCGCCAAAAUACGACGGGUCAGGUGACCGGCUAAUACUAUAUAGGGUCUCAAAUCAAGCGAGGCAGGAGCGCAGAUCGAGAUCCUAGCUUGCGAGGUUGCAUACAAAGGUAUAAAGUUCUGUAUAUUUGUAACAUUUCAAAUUAUAGAAUUUGAUAUACCUUUUAUAAGCUUUGUAUAUCCUAUAGAAUGUUAAGAAUAAUCUGUAAAUCGAAGUAUUACGAACACUGAAGAGGAAAAAACUAAUUUGAAUCACAAACCAUUUGUCUGUUCAUUUUUUUUAGUGCGUAAAUUGCAUGAAACACGUCAAGUAUUCUUUACUUUACAUAACUAAAUAUAUUUGAACGCUUUCGUGCAUAUCGUGUCGAUUAUGCUACACGUUCGCAUUUACACAGUGCGUGUAGCCGCUCUUAAAAAUCGCGAAUAAUUUUAAAUUUACUUUUGAUUUUCUCGCUUGAACUUGAGAGAAUCUUGCGUGAAAAGUUCUUGAAGAAGGUUGCAUUUGGAGCGGCUUUAAAGAUGAUUUCUUGGCUUUUCUAUUUCGUAUUUGUUGUGGUCCUUCACACCAAGUCAGUGUUGUCUAGACCUCCUUGUGACAAUGAUGGAAAUUAUCCAAGAAACAGUUCAAAGACAAAUGUAUCGAUCAUCGACAUCAUCCUCAUGUUUGUUUCCGUUUUUGGAGUCUUAAUUUGCACUUGUAUGUGUUUCUGCUGCUGCUUCAGCUCUGACUACUCAGUCUUCUCUGAACCGACUCGACGAACAGUAUAUCGCGGGAUUGUGCUUGACACCAACCCUUCUUGACACCGACCCGGAUAACCUUUCUACCCCUUAUACACCGACAGACUCCGACAGCGAUGUUGUUGAUAUUAUGCGCUGUAAUAGUUUGUAGUGUAAAGGAUUUUAGUCUUUUUAAUCAUUGAGUCCAAACUUAAAAUAGUUUCAGGAUAUUUUAGUGUUGGGUAUAGUUAAACCUUCAAUAUUUUAGCCUUGGUUUAUAUGAUUUGUAGUAUGUAUAUAUUGCAUGUUGACUGUUGUUGUCAUAAACACUGUAUUAAACUUAAGUAUUAUUAUUAAACAGCAAGGCAAAGUCGAAGACUUAAAGUCCUAGCAUUUAAUAAUACUCUGAUUCACAUCGGCCCUGGUAGUAUGUAUUGUUGACUGUUGUCAUAAACACUGUGUUAAACUAAGUAUUAAACAGCAAGGCAAAGUGAAGUCGAAGGCCAUUAUAUAUAAAUGUUUCGUGACAAUCAUGAUGUUACAACAUGCAGGAACUCACUUAUAUAUAUAUAUAGGGUUUUUUUUUCUUCUUUACAAAAAAUCUUUGUUUCUUUGAGAUCGACAUGCAGAGCUAUGAGCUAAACGAUUCAAGUGGUAAUUGAAAUAUGUGAAUUAUAGAGUAUUCUUAAAUUCUAGGAUUAUAUUAUAAGUAUAAAGUUGGUUGUGUUUGAGGAAGCAUGUCUGGUAUUAAUUAAUAUAAUGUUUAAAUUUCUUCAGACAUAAAAUUUGAAUAUUUACUAAAAUGAGGGAAUAAAUUAGGGGGGGCGAAAGGAAAUUUACCCGACCUACUGAAAAAAUAUUUUCCGUGUAAGCUUUCGUCUAUCCACAAAAAAAUUUUCCUAAUCCGUUAAAAUUUCUCGUUACUUUUACAAAAUUUUUGUAAUUUCAACUACUAUAUUGCAUAUGUCUUCUUUUUAAACUCCCCCAAUUUUUGCUGCCCCCCUCCCCCCGUACGCCUAUGUAUACAAAUUGUUCUCCUAAUACAUAAUCUUGCAGGCGGCAUGCUUUUGAAUCUCAACUGCUUCAAUAUACUUUCGUUCCUCUUCGUUCCUAAAGGCUUAUUUCCACUCAAGAAAAAAUUUCUAGGUUAUUUUGUGCUUUAUUUUGUCCGAUUGUUUGCAUAAUGUGAAGAAUUGUAGUCCUUUUAGAAAAGCUUAUGUUCAAACUUAAAAUACGUUUAGGGAUAUUUUAGUGUAGGUAAGGGUAUGGUAAAUUCUUCAAUAUUUCAGCCUUGGUUUAAUAUGACUUGUAGUAUGUUGUGCUGACUGUUUUUAUUGCAUCAAUAGGCAGGAACUUAAACAUAUUUUUGGCUACCUUUAUACACAGACAAAAAAUCUUUGUUUAUUUGAUGUCGACACACCCAUGGCUAUGGGCUACGAUUUAAGUGCUACGAGUUAAAUAAUUCUGAAUACAAUAAAAAGUUAAUGUUUAACACUUUUACUCGCAAUGUGCUUGUCUUUCAACAUAUAUUUUAACUCGAAGCUACUGUAUAAAAGUUAAAGUUUACAAACAUACAGACGAACCCUAAAGAAUUUCUUCAUAUAUUCUUUGAUUAACUAUGAUAAAAAAAUACAGACAAAGACUUACUAUAUACAUUCACAUUUCAUGAUUUCACACAAAAAUGUGUUAAAGGGCCCAAGGAGGGGGGGGGGGAGAUUUUGCACGAGUGGGAGUGGGGGGCAACAGGAGGGCCUGGGAGGCCAAAUGGCUCCCCAGUUUAUACGUUAAAAUAUGCCUUGCUCGUGAAAAGCCAGCAAGUAAACACAAAGCCAGCUGCCUGUGAGAUUAAAUAUGAACUAUGUACAAAACUAAUUAAAAGACACCUGCAUAAUGCUUCCCGAGUGUUUUGAUUAAAAAGAAUGAAUACGCAUUUAAAUAUUAGAAGAAUUUCCCGUACUACUUUCGCCCAAUUCAUGUCCAGCUCUCUUUGUUUUCAAAAUUGGUCGUUUUAUUUUUAUAAUAGACAAACUAAUCUCUUCUCUUCCAGAGUCAUCUUUUAUACCCAGAACUUUGCUCGUUUCAUUAUCAUCAAUAAUAUCAUCAUCGAUAGGAUCGUCAGUAAUCACACGACCAUUAUCGAUUACCUCUUUAUUAUUGAUCAUGUCAUUAUUAGCGAUCAUAUCGUCAUCGAUAACAUCAUCAUCAUUAUUGGCUACUCUGUUAUCUUCGUUCUCACCAAAAGAACGAUAUCGAAAUCUGGAUUUUCUGCUCCCCUUGCACCAACACAGACAGCAAAACGUAACCCAGAAUAAAGCAUUGCCCAAAGCAACUGCCGCUACAAUUCCAAUAAUAACACCAAUGUUCGUUUCAUGUCUUUUUGAGCAACUUGCUUGGCAUGUGUUGGUCUCUUUACAACAUUGUUGGCCGAACCGACAUUGGUAAGAAUCAUCACAAGCUACGACCUCGUGGAGUAUUUCAAAUCCACAAAUGAUUAGAAAUAAAAGCAGGUCAAAGAACCCCGAAAACGCCAUGGCAGCAAACGUCUCCACAGAAACGCUAUUCUUCUUUAGUUAAACUGGGACAUUCAGAAUCACUGCAUUGUUUUAUACGAAUUCAAAACCCGCGAUAUUUGUACGAAUUUCGUAUAAGUACUGUUUUUUUACAUCUUUAUCAGUUGUACUUACACUGUUUAGACUUUUAAGAAGUAGCGAUGUUUCUCUAUUGAUCAGCUUGGCCACUCAAUGUUAUUGCAUAAAAUGAGUAGAAAAGUAAAUUUGUGUCCGUUCGGGCUUCACAGUUGUUUUAAUUUGCGUAGACAAAAAUUUAACAAUAAGUGGCAAUGUCCAAGCUGAUUACUACCAAUCAAUCAAGAGUCGUUGUCCAGCAGCGAAAGUUUCGCGGCAUAUGGCGUCAUCAAACCACAACUGUAGAUAAACCUUUUCAGCGAAACAGAUUUCCGUGUAGUUUGGCUGUAAAAUUACCUGUUGACAAUUCUCAAUUCACAACGAAGGGUGAACGUGAAGUUUUUUUAUUCCAAUUUCAAAACAAUUAUAAUCAUCGUCAAAGUAAAUGGCUUAUUCCAUAAAACAUGUAGUUCUGCUUUCAAAUCAUAUCUUUUUUCCCAGUUGAUUCUUACCGCGAGAUAGCAUCAAGACUAAUAGCUAGGCCACGCGCAGAAUUGCCUUAUUCAAACUACUUAAAAGCAAUCUGCCUCAUGUCGUUAUAUCUCUCACCGCCAAUUACGCAAAAUGCAUAAUUACAAUGUACACACAGUUAAUAAGAGGGCCAACUGUUUCCCUCCCUCUCUCCCUCCCAAUUCUCCCCUCACCCAAUUUGGAAUUCCACUUUUUAUGAGAACAUUCCUCCUACAACACUGAAAAAUAUCUCUCACAUCGCUACAGGAGGUUAAACGUCUCCGCCAUUCAGCCAUAAUUCAUAUUUUUUUGUUUUGAG